AUGUAUAGCAUGAUGAUGGAAACUGACCUCCAUUCCCCUGGUCCCCAAACGAAUACGACCACGGGGCAAACGGGGCCGACCAGCGGGUCUAAAGCGAAUCAGGACCGGGUGAAGAGACCUAUGAACGCGUUCAUGGUGUGGUCCCGUGGGCAGCGGAGAAAGAUGGCACAGGAGAACCCCAAAAUGCACAACUCUGAGAUCAGCAAGCGGCUGGGCGCCGAGUGGAAGGUGAUGUCCGAGGCUGAGAAGCGCCCUUUCAUCGACGAGGCGAAACGGUUGCGAGCCAUGCACAUGAAGGAGCAUCCGGAUUACAAGUACCGGCCAAGACGGAAGACCAAGACGCUGUUGAAAAAGGACAAGUAUUCCCUUGCUGGCGGUCUGCUUUCUGGGGCCGGUGGGGGCGGUGGAGUUGGUUUAGGGGUCGGCAUGAGUUCAUCCGGGGUCGGGCAGAGGUUAGAGAGCCCCGGGGGUCACGGGGGCUCCGCCAGCUCCGGCUACGCACACAUGAACGGCUGGGCGAACGGUGCGUACUCGGGGCAGGUGGCUGCAGCGGCGGCGGCCGCAGCGAUGAUGCAGGAAGCUCAGUUAGCCUACAGCCAGCACCCGGGAAGCGGGGCGCACCACCACCACCACUCACACCACCACCAUUCACACAACCCCCAGCCCAUGCACCGCUACGACAUGACAACCCUGCAGUACAGCCCCAUCUCGAACUCUCAGAGCUACAUGAGCGCCUCUCCAUCUGGCUACGGAGGGAUCACCUACACGCAGCACCAGGGCUCCGGCGUCUCCUCCUCAGCUGCCAUGGGGACGUUAGGGUCGCUGGUGAAGUCGGAGCCGAGUGUAAGCCCCCCCGUCAGCAGCACACACUCACGGGGUCCUUGCCCCGGAGACUUGAGAGAGAUGAUAAGCAUGUAUUUACCGACCGGAGAGCCGGGGGACCCGUCAGUGCAAAGUAGACUCCACGCCUUGCCGCAGCAUUACCAGAGCGCCACGGCUGGAGUGAACGGGACGGUCCCUCUAACACACAUUUAG